AUGCCACCUACGUUUUGACAGCACACUUACGACUAUCAGUGCGGAGGUCGCAGCGGAGCAAGGUUCAGGGGGUGGGGAGGGUGGAGGUCAACCGCCUGAGUCUCCGGGGCCGGGCGCUCUCGGGUCACGUGGGCGACUUCGCUCCGCCCCGCGGAGGUUCCGCGCGGUGCUCAGAACCCUGGCAGGCGCAGUAGGGUCACGCGGGCUCCGCGGCUGGCUGGUCUCGCGGAGGCGGAGCGAGGAACUGGAGGAAGUAUGGAUGUUGAUGGCUCUGAACAAGAUCCCGAAAUGAAGGAAUAUUCUUCUGUCUAUGUUGGCAGAGAAGAGGACAUUAAAAAAUCUGAAAGAAUGACAGCUGUUGUGCAUGAUAGAGAAGUGGUCAUUUUCUACCACAAAGGAGAGUAUCAUGCUAUGGAUAUUCGCUGUUACCACUCAGGAGGACCUUUACAUUUGGGAGAUAUAGAGGAUUUUGAUGGACGACCAUGUAUAGUUUGCCCCUGGCAUAAAUACAAAAUUACUUUGGCAACAGGAGAAGGACUAUAUCAGUCUAUAAACCCUAGAGAUCCAUCAGCAAAACCCAAGUGGUGCUCCAAAGGAGUAAAGCAAAGGAUUCAUACAGUGACAGUGGACAAUGGGAAUAUUUAUGUGACUCUUUCUAAUGAACCUUUUAAGUGUGACUCUGAUUUUUAUGCCACUGGAAACUUCAAAGUUAUUCGGAGUUCUUUCUGAUAAAACUAUAUGGC